AUGAAUCAGGAUACUGUGUUCCGUCAAUCACUGCAAGUAGUGGCCCAGCGGAUGAUUGAUGUGUUUGGUAAUCGCCAAAAUGCCAUCCAUCAAAUUUCCAAGGCUGCUCUUGUUUCUGCCAUCACCUAUUACCUAGCAUUGAAAAUGUAUGACGCCUUUUUUGGGCCCCUUCGAAAUAUACCUGGCCCUUUCAAAUUCAAAUUCAUGGAUGUGGUUUAUGCCAGUAAAGCUCCUGGUAAAGUCUGGAGAUACUUCAAAAAUCUACAAAAGACGUAUGGCCAAGUGGUGCGUGUUGGCCCACGGCACACCUUGAUUGCAGACAAAGAUAUGCUACGCCAAGUGCUAUUGAAAGACGACUUGCCCAAAGGGCCUUUGUACGAUAGGCUUAAUAGCGGUAAUCGAGACAAUGCCGGGACAGUGUUCAGUACAACUGACAAGACGUUUCACAAAAAGAGGAGACGCGUUGUAUCACCGGCUUUUUCGACAAAGUACAUCAACUCACUCGAGCAUUACAUGGCCGAUAUCUUAGAAUCAUUUAUCAAGCGAAUUGAUAACGACAUUGAAAACACGUUCGAUCCUCACACUGGUUAUGGCACCGUUGACAUCUGGAUCCUGCUGCAAUACCUCGCACUUGAUAUCAUUGCUGAAACUGCAUUUGGUGGUACAUUCCAUUUGUUGGAUGGCAGCGAUCACCUUGUGCCCCAAGUGGUGAGCCAAAACAUGAAGCUUGCCUCACACGUUGCCUCCCAUCCUUUCCUUGGACGGCUCUCGUUGUUAUUGUCUGCAAGACGUUUGAUUGCAGCCAAUGUCCAGCUGCAAGAAUUCAUGAAAAAGCUUAUCGUGGGGCGUAUAGAGAGCGGUGAAGAAGGGAGACGCAAUGACAUUUUGCAAUUUUUGAUCGACACUCAACAAAACGCCGAUGAAAGCUUAACAGCCAAUGCGAUUGCUGAAGAAACAGUGCUAUUCUUGAUUGCUGGAUCAGAGACAACAAGCAAUUCCACCGGGUUUGCAAUCAUCCAGCUCAUCAAAAACCCUCAUGUCUUUAAAAAGCUGCGCGAUGAGAUUGAUGCUGUACCCAUGAAUGAGGAUCAAAAGUACUUCACCCAUGCGCAGAUCCAAAAGCUGCCAUAUUUGAAUGCAGUGAUAAACGAGACCUUGCGUAUGGAUUCGAUAGCAGCUAAUGGAUUGCAACGUCGUGCCGAUCGUGACAUGGUGCUAGGUGGUCGACUCUUUAUUCCAAAGGGGACGAUCGUUCAUUGUAAUGUGUACGACGCACACCUUAACCCGAACUAUUGGCCAGAGCCUGAAAAAUUCGACCCUGAGCGAUGGCUAGAGGGAUCAUCCACUCCACCAGAUAUGGAUGCUUUCUUUCCUUUCAGCAUUGGUUCACGUAAUUGUAUCGGCAAGACAUUUGCGCUACAAGAAAUGCGCUUGUCGAUUGCACACCUUGUCAAAAUGUUUGACUUCCAUGCAACCAAACAAGAGCUGGAAGAUGCCCAAGAUCGAUCGUCGUUUAUCACAUUAGGCGUACACAAAAACAGCUUCAUGGUGCAAAUAAAACGUCGGGAGCUGUAG